UUCGUUGAGUUCGAUGACGGAGACAACGGACGCAUUGCUGUCGACGACAUUCGACUCCUUCCACAGGAAUACCCGCAGAUGAAGAUCAAUGCGGAUCCGCUCAAGAACUUAGAGCGAAAGAGACGUAUGAGUUCUUGUGGUAAAGAUAGUCGACAUUCAAAGGGAAGUUUUGAUAACUUUGGUGAUGAAAAGAAGUCUUCAGCCGAAGAUAUUGUCAGCCAUACUAUACUAUCAAAGAGUAGUUCUAAUGAAGAACUCAAUAAAAAUGAUUUGAAUUCCAAGAAUAAGAUUAAUCGUAACACUCAUGAGUCAAACGGUAAUAAUUUGUCGCAGAAAUUGGAGAUAAAGAAAAAGAAGAAAAAACAUAACAAAGAGGAUCGACAUCAUAGGCACCAUCACAACCAUAAGCACCACCAUUGCCGUCAUCAUAAGAAGUGUAAAAAGCAUAAGAAAUCUCGAGAAGGCAAUAGUAUUGGCAGCAGUGGUGUACGAAGUAUUGCCAAACGGAGCACUGACAGCAAUGUUAAUGACAAUUGUGAACAAAAUGGCACUAAAAGUACAAAACUCAUGACUUGGAAGACAAGUACUAAAGACAUGAAAUCCGUACAAAAGAGGGAUUCGGACGCACAAAGAGUUUUGGACACCAAUAAUGUUGACAAAAAUGAAGACAACAACCGGACAGAGAAGACUCACAUGAGAACUAUAGUGAAGAAGACGGCCAAACAAAGAGCUUUGGAUCGAUUGCGCACUAAUUUGAGUGAAAAGAUGUGUACAAUAAUGAGUCCCAUUCGCAGAAACCUGACCACCAAAACCAACACAACCACAACAACCACUGCACCGGUACCUAAGAAAAGGGAACGCAUCCCAUCGGCUGAGAAAAGCAAAAUCGCAGCCUUUUUGCCGGUCAGACAGUUGUGGCACUGGUCUGGCAAAUGGAUCCGACGCACCGGCGCUAAGGGGUCGCGAACCAGAAAAAUAUUUUAUAAAGAGAUCGAAAGGGGAAGAGAACGCAUCCGAGUCGAUGACUGUGCCGUCUUCUUGUCCACAGGUCGUCCACAUCUGCCAUAUAUCGGGCGCAUAGACUCGAUGUGGCAGACGGGCAGCGGAACAAUGAUAGUGAAGGUGCGCUGGUUCUACCACCCGGAGGAGACCAAAGGACAACCCACUCCACUCCAAGACAAACGGGGAGCGCUGUUCGAGUCGUCCCACUUCGACGUGAAUGACGUGCAGACCAUUUCACACAAAUGUCUGGUCAUCUCAUGGACCGAAUACCAGGAGAGACGGACUCACAACCCAUUGCUCUCAUCAGCCGAUGACCCGCCAAACGUCUACUACAUGGCCGGCAAAUACGACGCACUGGCAGGUCGUGUCGAAAUGGAUCCCUGCGUUCCCGUCAAAGACAAGUCAAAGGACGACAAAACAGAGAAAAUAGAAAACGAGUAAAUAUUUGUAUAUUUUUGAAAAAUGCAAUUAUUGUCACUGUUUUGAGAGAUCUGUCAACUCAUCACAACAUACAACUCAUUCAUGCGAUUAUUUUUGGAUAAAAAACAUUUUUAAACGCAUUGUUCGGCAGCUUUUGAUAAAUGGAUAAAAGUGUUGAGAAAAUCCUUUAAUUAAAUAUAUAUUUUUGAAACAAAAAGC